CUUUUGCUAAAAGAGCCCGAUAUCAACGUGUGAAGGGUUACAGCCAUUCGUCACGAUGUCGAUGGCGCACGAGUGGCGCCCAUGCACAUGGCAGGUAAAUGCCGAGUUGGAAGCAUGGAUGCAUUUGCAGCCGGCUGUCCAACUUUUGUUUGUCUCACAGCUGGCACGGCAGCUUGCUAAGCAGCUGGAUUGCGAAAGGGGCUGCUGCCAGCCUCCAGUUUUUGAGGCCAGUGUGCCUCUGUGUUCAAUGCCUGGAGCAAUACUUGAAAAAGACCUUUUGCAAGUGGCUUCCACAGAGGAGACUGACUCCAAUGAUGCAGCAGAGGGACCGUUACUGAUGACAGACUCCGAGGAUGAUUCAGAGGACCAUUUGCAAGUGGCUUCCACAGAGGAGGAGUCCGAGAAGGACACGAGGCGACUCUCACUUGGUACGACGGCUACGGGGGUGCCCGAAGAGGAUGAUGUGCUUCAGGAGCUUGAUGAGUCUGACGAGGGGGAGGAUAUCAAUAACGUUGAUGAUCAUUCGGACGGAGAUGGUGUUGCCCAGGCAUCCGCGCAGCAAGGAUUGCUCAAUGCUGAGUCUGAGGAUGAUUUAGAGGCACCAGAAGUGCUCAAGACUGAGUCCGAGGAGUCUCUGGAGGCGGCGAAGCCGCAGAUAUCCGGUGAAAGCAGUGAUUCAGACGGCGAGUCCGAGGUCGAUGAGGAAGCGGAGUUGAGGUUUGAAGAGGAAUCAAACUCCAAGAAUGAGACGAAUGAGGUGGAUGUUUCGAAUUGUGCUUCAUGCACUGGGGCAGAUCAAUCAGAUUGCAAGUGGGCUUGCGAAGUUGCAACAACCUUGCAAACAAGCGAGGGUUCCGAUGCUGUCAAUGGAGUUGUUCAAAUCGGUGCAGCUGAUGCAUGCGCUCCUCAGAGCGAAUCCUUGGAGGCCAAUUUCCUUCCCGAGAUAUGUCUUCACGUGCUGGGUUUUCUUCCUGUGCAAGAAGUGAUGAAACAGAAAGUUCGGGCAGUGUCCAGCAAUUUUGGGUGCCACAAGGCCUGGCUAACUCACUUGUUCCGCUUGGUGGACAUAGACACACUUCAGCCGCCCAGUGAUGUUCCGAUGGCACGAGAGUGGCAUCCCAUUGAAGAGUUCACAACUUUGAUGACGGUGACGGGCCCUGUCAAUGGAUCAUUGUCUGCCAAAAGAGACAGACUGCUAUCAGUACUGCGACUUUAUCCUGAUUUUUCAGAGGGCUUCCAAGGCUGCUUGCAACUCUGGUUUGGCCCUUCGAAGUGGAUUGUCGGAGGCAAGCACCUCGAAUAUUUCGAGUUCAUCGUGACAAAGACAUUCGCUAGUUGCGGAAGAAGGCCGAGGAGAAUGGCAGCCUCCUCCAAUGAAUCUUGAUUGAUGUGAUGUGACGCAAAUUGGAGGCCCACUGAGGUGUAUAUACAUAGGCUUCGAUAGACUUCGGUAGACUGGUAGACCUGCAAGAUGCUGAAAGCGAUGAUGUCUACCCGACAAUGACGGGUGAUGAAAGCACUUUCUUGGACAUGCUUGCGGAAUCCUGCAAAACGACAAGCUUGCACAAC